GGAUUUCAGUGAGAGGCCUUCCACAUGGCGGGAAAGGACUACAAUCAUCUCUUUAAGCUGCUCAUCAUUGGCGACUCCAAUGUGGGGAAAAGCAGUCUUCUUCUUCGUUUUGCAGACAACUCCUUCUCUGGCAGCUACAUCACCACCAUCGGCGUCGACUUCAAGAUCCGAACGGUGGACAUGGACGGGGAGCGAGUCAAGCUGCAGAUCUGGGACACGGCGGGUCAGGAGAGAUUCAGAACCAUCACAUCAACCUACUACAGAAACACACACGGAGUCAUCAUCGUCUACGACGUGACGAACCCGGAGUCGUUCGUAAAUGUUAAGAAGUGGCUCAACGAGAUCACCCAGAACUGUGACACCGUCUGCAAGAUCCUGGUGGGAAACAAGAACGACGACCCUGCCAGGAAGCAGGUGGAUUCCCAGGAUGCUUUGCGUUUCGGGGAGUCUGUUGGGGUUCGAGUGUUCGAGACGAGCGCCAAGGAGAACAUUAACGUAGAAGAGAUGUUCAUGGCGUUCACUCACAUGGUUCUUCGGGCCAAGAAGCAGAGUCAGAACCGAGCGGAGCGGGAACGCGAGCGGGAGAAAGACACGGUGAACAUCAACGCUCAGAGAGACCGGGACCGCCGGAAGAGAGGGAAGAAGUGCUGCUGAGACCAGAACCGGACGGCAGAGGACCAGGACGGCGCUUAACUGCU